GCGAUGUGGCGUGCGGCGCGGGGGUGCCGCCGGGCAACGGCCGCCGCCGGCCGCCUCACGGCCCGCCUCCUCCUCUUUCUCCUCCUCCUCCAACUCUUUCUGCUGCUGUCGCUGCCGGCACCCGCCGCAGCUCAGCCCUCAAAGAGAUUUUUAAGAAGUGCAGUGCCAAGAGAAAGUAGCUUAAAAAUAGUGGGAUCUGUUGUAUUCCCAGUCAAAGUUUAUGUCAAGCUGAAUCACAACAGUCCACGUAUUUUAUGUCUUACAAAUCGUCUGCGAAACUUAGAACUCAUUGAUCCAAAAUUUCAUUGGAAUGGACCAGGAGGUGGUCUUUCUUCAGAAAAUAGCAGUGUGGAAAUAUCACCAAUAGGAACUUUAAUAUUGAGCAACUUCAAACUGAGUGGAGUUUACACUUGUUCCAUUUUUUAUAAGCUAGCAGCAAUGCAACCUGAUAAAAACCUCUUAAUAAAAUAUCUUAUUUAUGCUUAUGCUGAUCCUAACACUUACUAUGAGUUCACGGCCCAGUAUCACGGAGCCUACUGCAACAGUUAUCAUAAUGCGUAUUUUGAGAAAACAUUGGUUCAGAUACUAAACAAACUUGUGGAGGAACUUUCUUGUGAGGUUGCAUUAAUAAAGGCAGAAUGCCAUCAUGUAAAAAUGCAGAGAGGAGGUCUACAGAAUGAAAUCUUCUUUACAUUUUCAGUUGAAUCCUUAAACAGAGAAGACAGAUUAUGUCAGGAAAGUGCUUGUGAUGCCCCUCAUAGACUAAACAAGGCAAAACGCCUUAUAGAGAGAUUUUUUAAGCAACAAGUGGAAGUUGGCAGGCAAAGUUCUGAACAGUUGCCUGAAAUAUAUUACAUUGAAGGUACUCUGCAAAUGGUACGGGUUAAUCGCUGCUAUCCAGGGUAUGGAAUCGAUGCUCUAGCACAUCCAGACUGUCCAGAGUGUUGUGUUGCAUGCAGCCCAGGAUCAUACAAUCCUAGUAAUGGAAUUCACUGUCUUCGGUGUGACACCAGUUUGAAAUAUGGAGCAACAAAGUGCUAAUGGCUGAGGCAUAUGCACUCUUGCAAUAGCUCUUAUGUAUUUUAACAUGGUAAUAUUAAUAAAUAUUUUUAAAAUGUUUACAGCUUCUUUUGGUUACAUGAAUAGUAUACACUUGUUUUUAAGAAAUAAUGAUUCAUCAGCAUAUUGGUAAAAUGUUGUAGAUCAUACCACUUAGGACUACUUCAUUUUUAAGAUCUUUAUAAUAUAUGCUAGGUUAAUAGCACUAGAGACAACUAUUUAAAU